AAACGAACCGACGUUUCCUGAUAACAAAAGAAAAAAAAACAAUUUAAAGAGAAAAUUAAGUUUUUUUUGGUGCCAUUGAGUGGGAGAAUCCAAUCGACGGUGGUUUUAGAGUUGCCGGUUCCGAGCAGAAUACAUGGCGAAACGCGGUGUGGAAGAGAAGAACUCAAGCUCCAAGAGAAGAACCAGCUUAAGCGAUUUACCGGAUUCACUUCUCUGUCACAUACUCUCGUUUCUCUCAACCGAAGAAUCCGUUCGGAGUAGUGUUUUAGCGCAAAGAUGGAGAAACAUCUGGUUAAAGGUUCCUGCUUUCAACUUGGACUCGACCCAAUUCGGAGAAGUUUUGGAUUUUGUGAAGUUCGUGGAUACAUUUCUGGAAUCUGAAAAGGAGCUGGACUUGAAGAGAUUCAGGUUAGUCUAUCAUCAUGAUGAGGAACUUUUACUUGAUGAAGAUUUUGAUGAAGAUGAUAACUUUUUAGACUCUUGGAUGGAUAAAUUGGUUGAGCGUAGAGUUAGUCAUCUGGAUGUUGAGCUUAUAUCCGAGUUUAACGAAAGGCUUUGUAUGCCCAUGUCCCUCUAUUCCUGCAACAAUUUGGUCAAGUUAAAUCUCUACAACCUGAUGUUGGAUAUUCCCGAAUCCGAAUCUGCUGUUUCCAUGCCUUGUGUCAAGAGUAUGCAUCUAAAUCAGGUAGGGUAUGAGGGAUUAGUCCUGCAGAGGCUCAUACCUAGCUACCCUGUUAUUGAGAAGUUAUCAAUAAUCAGAGGUCCUAUGGAGCUUUCUGAUCUUACAUGUGUGCGCUCACAAUCCCUUAAAAGAUUCACCUUGGAGGUUCAACGUGAGGAGCAUAAGGUUGUUGAUGACCAUGUUGUUGAGAUCGAUGCUCCAAAGCUCGAGUUUUUGAGUCUCCAGGAUCACUCAUCUGAAACCUACAUCAUACACUGUAUUGGUAGCUCUGCUGUGGUGCAAAUUGAUGUGAACUUUGAUUUGAAGCCUGGUUCUUCAUUGUGUUCUUCCGAGAGAAGCAUGGUCCAUAAAUUCCUGAGGGCUUUAUCUGAAGUCAAAGACAUGGAGAUCUCUUAUGCUACUCUAGAGGUGAUCCAUGGUUUCUCCAAAUUGGAAGCGUUACCUCAGUUUUAUAACUUGACUUGGUUAAAGGCUUCGUUCAAUGAAUCUCUUUGGGAAUUGCUGCCAACAUUUCUUGGAUGUUGCCCGAAUCUACACACACUCGUUUUGGAAUAUGAAUCCCUUACGGAGGCAGAGCCAAUGAAACUCUCUUAUGUACCGCCAUGUUUCGUAUCAUCUCUCAAGUUUGUGGAGCUUUUGACACCAGUCACAGGGACAUCAAGCCAGAUAUUAGCUAGAUGCUUCCUGACGAAUUGCUCAGUCCUCCAGGAAUUGACUUUAAGCAAGAGCUUCAGUAACAUGAUCAAACAAAUCAAGAAGAUUCCAAAAAGGUCUACAAGGUGCAAGAUUGUAAUCGACUAAGCCACAUCAUGUAUAAGUGAUCUACUUAGUAGAUGAAUUAAAGCAUAAAUCUAGUUUAAGACUUUUUCAACUUUUUGUUUUUUUUUGUGGGCGUGGCUUAAGUGUCCAAGUUUGGACCUUGAUGUUUCUUAUCAAGUAAUUUUUUUUGGUUUUUUUUUUUGUUUACGGUAUAAAAUGUUACGAUAAUUAUAAGGAAAUUUGCCUUCUGUUUACGA